CACCGGGGGCAGAAGCAGCACCGGGCAGAGAAGAACCGGGAGGAGGAGAAGCACCGGGAGAAGCCGCACCGGGAGGAGCACCGGGAGGAGCAGCAGCACCGGCAGGCUCCGCUCGAUGCGGCGCUGAGCCCCCGCGGCCCCGCGGAGCCAUGGCCAUGGUGGCCGGCGCUUGGGGCGAACCGAACGGCGGCGGAGCCGGUGGCACCGGAGGCGGCGGCGGCGGCGGCGGAGCGGAGGAGGCGGCGUCCCCCGGCGGCGGCGGCAGCGACGCGGAGCACGGCGAGGAGGAGCGGCCCGGGGCCGGCGCGGACUGCGUGGUGUGCGGGGACAAAUCCAGCGGGAAGCACUACGGCGUGUUCACCUGCGAGGGCUGCAAGAGCUUCUUCAAGCGCAGCAUCCGCAGGAACCUCAGCUACACCUGCAGAUCCAACCGGGACUGCCAGAUCGACCAACACCACCGGAACCAGUGCCAGUACUGCCGCCUCAAGAAGUGCUUCCGAGUGGGAAUGAGGAAGGAAGCCGUCCAGCGGGGCCGAAUCCCCCCGAGCCACUCCAGCAGCAGCCCCAACCCCCUCCCGGCCGGCGACUUCUUCAACGGGCAGCCGGUGUCGGAGCUGAUCUCGCAGCUGCUGCGCGCCGAGCCCUACCCGGCGGCGCGCUACGGCUCGCAGUACGCGCAGCAGCAGCAGCCGCCGGGCAGCGUCAUGGGCAUCGACAACAUCUGCGAGCUGGCCGCCCGCCUGCUCUUCAGCACGGUGGAGUGGGCGCGCAACAUCCCCUUCUUCCCGGAGCUGCCCGUGUCCGACCAGGUGGCCCUGCUGCGGCUGAGCUGGAGCGAGCUCUUCGUGCUGAACGCGGCGCAGUCGGCGCUGCCGCUGCACAUGGCGCCGCUGCUGGCGGCCGCCGGCUUCCACGCCUCGCCCAUGUCGGCCGAGAGGGUGGUGGCCUUCAUGGAUCAGAUCCGGGUCUUCCAGGAGCAGGUGGAGAAGCUCAACCGGCUGCAGGUGGACUCGGCCGAGUACAGCUGCCUCAAGGCCAUCGCGCUCUUCACGCCCGACGCCUGCGGGCUGUCGGACCCGGCGCACGUGGAGACGCUGCAGGAGAAGGCGCAGGUGGCGCUGACGGAAUACGAGCGCUCGCAGUUCCCGUCGCAGCCGCAGCGCUUCGGGCGGCUCCUGCUGCGGCUGCCCGCGCUGCGCGCCGUGCCCGCCGCCCUCAUCUCGCAGCUCUUCUUCAUGCGCCUGGUGGGCAAAACGCCCAUCGAGACCCUGAUCCGCGACAUGCUGCUGUCCGGCAGCACCUUCAACUGGCCCUACGGCGCCGGGCAGUAGGGACGGACGGACGGACGGAUGGACGGACGGUGGGAUGGACGGAUGGAUGGACGGAUGGAUGGAUGGAUCGAUGGAUUGAUGGCGG